GACGUGGUCAUUACGUCACGUUGUCGAUAACGCUUACGUCAGAGGGAACAGCGAGAGAACAAAAUGGAGGAAUAUGCUAGAGAACCAUGCCCCUGGAGGAUUGUGGACGACUGUGGUGGAGCCUUCAGCAUGGGAGCUAUCGGAGGAGGAAUAUUCCAGGCUGUAAAGGGCUUCAGAAAUGCUCCCUCAGGGAUGAGCCACAGAAUGAGAGGCAGCAUGACUGCCAUCAAGACCAGAGCCCCACAGCUCGGAGGUAGCUUUGCAGUAUGGGGAGGCCUCUUCUCCAUGAUCGACUGCAGUUUAGUUAAAGUGCGAGGGAAGGAGGAUCCCUGGAACUCGAUAACAAGUGGGGCCAUGACGGGAGCUAUCCUCGCUGCAAGAAAUGGACCAAUGGCCAUGGUGGGAUCAGCAGCCAUGGGAGGUUUUCUGCUGGCGUUAAUAGAAGGCUCUGGAAUCUUGCUUACGAGGUUUGCGUCUUCACAGUUCCCAACUGGGCCUCAGUUUGCAGAGGAGCCUGCCCCGGCGCCCAUGCCCAGCCAGUCCUUCGGAGACUACAGACAAUAUCAGUGAGAGGACUCCCACCCCCCUCCUCCCGUGUCUGUUUCCUCUAGGCCUUUUUGAAUUCCUUGCUGAAGUUAUGAAGAAGAGAUCGGGAUGCAAAAUCACCACACGUCAAACAAUAAAAACUGCACCUGAUUUUUAUGGACUGUCAGAGAAGCGAUGGACAAAAAUACAUCUUCAUUUUCCUUCUCUCAAGAGCCAAUGUACAGAUCUGCCUUUUGCCAUUCUCAGCCUUGUCAUAUGCAGCAGUUUCACCUAUCAUGUGUACCGUACAGAGAUGUACCUGUGGGCUUGUGGGAAUGAGGUGUGUUUUUGUUAAUAUAAACUAUAUACUUGAUGUAUUCCUUACGUGGGAGUGCUGGACAGAUGAGCCCUUGUAAAAUGUUGAAUCUUGCAAAACCACAUCACACAUGGAACGUAAUAAAUUAGAUAUGAGUGCAGAAUACUGAUGGUUAUAUACAGUAAAAACACCCCAUUUGUAUUCAUUCAUGUUAAUCUUUAUUUGCCUUACACAUGUCACCUGCUUGUGCUGGCCUGUUAACACUGCCCUUUUCAUUGGAUUCUCUUUGGAGUUAUGACGGCAGACAUCUUGUCAGAUACAAUGAAGUUCCAGGAAUAUUAGUUUGUUUUAAAGUGAUUUAUUUAUUUUAGCUUGUAAAGAGUUGUACCAGAUUGUGGUGUUUUAUCCGACACUGAUUUUUACAUUCGUCACAGAGCUGUGGGAAAAGACUGCUAAUGACAAAGUAUGGCAUAGACAGUACAAAUGAAUGGGGAACCUCAAGCAAGGGAUUGAUGUAUAGUGUAUUAAAGCUGUUUGACAGAUCGUACUGUGGUACAAUAAAGAAAUACGUUGUAAAAUC